CCUCGUGGUCGGCCUACCUGACAGUGAGUUCCGGCGCCAGCUUUCACCGUACGCCCGACAUGUCGGCGCUGCCGCAGAAUCCGAGCAAGCCGCGAAUAGUUAACGCCACCAGUAACUCGGUCACCCUGACGUGGAGCCCGGGCCACGAGGGCCAGAGCAAGAUCGUCGGCUACAAUAUCGAGUACUAUAGCAGCAACCUGAACACCGGCUGGGUGGUGGCAGCCACGGGUGUCCUCGACGACAUCUAUACCGUGACAGAUUUAAGGCCGGAGACCAAUUACGUUUUCCUAGUACGGGCAGAAAAUAGCCACGGGCUCUCGCUGCCCGGACCAUUGUCAGACGUAGUGCAAACUACUAACGUAAAUCAGCAUACGGUACCACAAGUGGAACUGACUCGCGCCAGAGAUCGGUUGAACAGCGAGAUUUUACAUCUCAAAGAGGUGCAACCGUUGACUAGUACCAGCGUCAAGAUUAUGUGGGACAUUCUCGGCGCGGCGGAUUUAGUGGAGGGUCUUUAUAUACGGUAUCGCGAGGUUUCCGAGAAACCAGAGUAUCAGAUGGUCACGGUACUCAACGCCGGCGCCACCAGUUACGUGCUUACCAACUUAAAAAAGUAUACGCGAUACGAGUUCUUCCUGGUUCCCUUUUACAAGAUAAUCGAGGGUCGACCGAGCAAUGUAAAGCUGGUCACUACUCUGGAAGACAUACCUUCGGGCGCUCCCGAGAACGUUCACGUAGGGAUGAUAAAUAUGACCUCGGCGUUCGUUCGGUGGUCACCGCCGCCGAAGAAUACUCAAAACGGUCAAUUGAUUGGUUACAAGAUUCAGAUCAAGAGCAACAGCAGUAACAAAAUCUUGGGUCAAAUGUCCCUGAAUGCGUCAACCACAUCGGUGAUCAUCAACAGUCUGACUACUGGCGGUUUGUAUACGGCACGCGUCGCUGGACAAACUCGCGUCGGGCUCGGUCCCUUCUCCAGUCCGACACUGUUGAACAUGGAUCCGGGACAACUAACGCAAUUACCGCCGCGAACCGAUCCCAGUCACGGGGGUGUGUCCGUCGUCAGAGAAACGUGGUUUCUUGUGCUCAUGAUAACGAUGAUAUUCGUCGGUAUCGUCGUGUUGCUAGCUGUGUUAUACGUGAGACGCAGGCAAGCGAUGAGCAAGCAACUGGGUCACUUAAACGAUAUUAACCGAUCCGCUUAUAUACUUGACUGCGUCGACGAAUAUCGGCAGAUCGACAUUAUAGAGACGUGA